UAGUGAGAGUGUAUGGUUUUGUAGAUUAGAGUUGACAUUUUUGGUUGCCUGCGUAAUAUGGGUAAUCGAUUAGCUGAUUUAUGGAAUUUGUGUAUUUGUUUAUACCAAAGUCCGAGAGUAGUGCUUUAUUUUUAUAAUAAAAAGAGAGGUGGUAUAGGUAAGGUAAAGGGAAAUAUACAUAUAUUAUAGGUAUAGAUCAUCAAAUUAAUGAGAUCUUGUUAAUAGCUCUUUACAGCGUGUUAUAUAGGAGAGAGUUGGGUGUUAGAAUUUGAAAGAUGCCAAACUCUUAUGGUUCUUCAGAUAUAGAACAAAAGAGAGUUGACUCCAAAGUUUCUCAUCAAGAUCUUCAAACCAAUAAUCUAGUGUUAACAAAGGAUUGUGAAAUUGAAAACACAAAAGCCGAAAUGGGUGAGGUAAGAGAAGAAAACAAGAGACUAAAAACGGUGUUAAAUCAUAUUGAGAAGGAUUACAAGUCUCUCCAAUUGCGAUUUUUCGACAUCGUCAAAGAAGUUGAUCAUCAUGAUCAGGAUUUGAAGAAACCAAGUAAAUUGACAGAUAGUAAUAAUAUUGUUUCAGCUAAUCAUGGUCGUGAUCAUGAUCAUGACCACCAUGAAAUGGAAGAAGCUGAUCAGCUUGUGUCUCUUAGGCUUGGAAGGAGUCCAAAGCAGCAGCCUAAAAGUAUGAACAAUAAUACUAUUGUUGAAGAUGGUACUAGUAGUACGACCAACUUGAUCAGCAAAACUAGAGAUCAAGAUCAUCAUGAUCGUGAUCAAGAGUUGAUAAAGGCCAACCUCACUCUUGGAUUAGACUCUGAAUUAACGCAGUUGACUUCGGAGAUUGUGAGUGAUCCCAGCCCAGAGAAUAGUUCAGAAUUAGAAGUUAAUAAGGAUUUGGCAGAAGCUAAAACCCCAAAUAAGACGACGAGAAGUAGUAAUGAGGAUGAAGUUUCACAGGCUCAAGCUAAAAGAGCUAGAGUUUCUGUCAGAGCAAGAUGUGAUACUCCAACGAUGAACGAUGGAUGUCAAUGGAGGAAAUACGGGCAAAAAAUUGCAAAAGGAAAUCCAUGUCCACGAGCCUACUAUCGUUGCACGGUUGCACCAUCCUGCCCAGUUAGAAAACAGGUACAAAGAUGUGCCGAGGACAUGUCCAUACUAAUCACCACCUAUGAAGGGAGCCACAACCACCCACUUCCGGUGACAGCCACGGCCAUGGCUUCCACAACCUCAGCCGCGGCCUCCAUGUUAUUAUCUGGCUCUUCAACCUCUCAUGAUCCAUUCUCCACCGUUGGUUUCACAUCCACCAAAAACUCACCCCUUAAUAUAAAUGGCCUAUUACAAAAUAAUAAUUUCAAUUAUUUUGAUACAUUCAGAACAAAGCAGUUCUAUUCAUCUACUAGUCUAUCUCCUUUGUUCCCAACAAUCACGCUUGAUCUCACCACACCCCAAUUGACCUCUUCAACGUCAUCAACACCACCAUCAUCCCAAUUCAACAGGUCAGGUUUUGCUCCAUCAUCAAGAUCAUCAAGCCAUAGUUUUGGGUCCUCAGAGCCCAAUAUUUUGCAACCAGUUUGGGGUAAUGGGUACCACCUAAAUUAUGGCCCAAUGUACUACGACAAAGCCAAGAUGAAUGGUCCCCUGAACCUUGGUAAUAAACAGGCCCAAGAAUUCAUUUACCAACGUUGUGCAGAAAAGAUGGUCAGUUAUAAUAAUCACAACCAAGGUUCAUCUGUGCAAGAGUCGUUGACUGAAACGUUGACCAAAGCUAUAACUUCGGACCCAAGUACUUUCAAAUCGGUUAUUGCGGCUGCGAUCUCGUCCAUGGUUGGAGGUGGUGAAACCCAUCUUGGCCGGAAGCAAGAUGAAGUGGAGAAGUUAGGUCAACGUUUGACUUUGGGUGAUGCCAAUACUACUACUACUACUGCUACAAUUGCAAAUACUAGUACGGCUGUUUCUCAUAAUCCGUUGACUCAGAAUGGUCAAGGCCUGGCAUCUAGCUACCUCAACAGAUUGUCAUCUUCAAACUUCUAAGCUCUGGAAGCUUUGAUGCUUAAAUAUAUAGUUCGGAAUUUAUAGGUUUAUUAUAGCAUUGUUCUUACAUAUAAAUAUAUAAUAUGUACGUAGUGGUAUUUGUAUAUGUGGCAGCGUAUCAACACUGCUUCAUAAUUGUGAGUCUCGUAGUUUGUUAUGUAUGUGUAACAGUAUUGAAACGCUACCACAUUAUACUAUCCACAUGAUAUACAUAUAUUAUUGAUAUAUACUAGUUUUACAAUUUUCUUC